AGCUUACUCUUGUUGGUCAGGAAAAAACGGGACGAUGUCGGGGCAGAUCGCACGCUUGAUCGCGAACAUUGUGGUGGCCGGUGCCGGCGUCGUGUCCAAGGCGUUCGUGCAAGCGUACCAACAAGCCGUGGUAAAUGCCAAGAACGGAAAGACUGUCGAGACGGCGACAGUCUCGUUGAAGAACAAGAUGUCGAAGGAACAAGCGUUGGAAGUGCUCAACCUACAGGGUGUGCCAUCGAUUGCGGACAUUGAAAAGCAGUUCGAUCGAUAUUUCAAAGCCAACGAGCCGUCUAAGGAUGGCGGUGGGUCGUACUACCUUCAGUCGAAGAUCUACCGGGCCAAGGAAGCACUGCUUAAAGACCAUCCGGCGACUACGCCACCACCAGGCAAAAGCGAUGCGAAGCAGCAGUAACAUGACACAUUAGAUAUAGAAGCACCACUCGAGCCA